AUGGGAGGCUGCCGUCUCCUCUGUGUGACCUUCUUCCUGGGAUGGGCCUGCAUGACGCUGGGACAGGGCGGUGACGACACCACGCUGCCCUGUGUGAAGCAGCUGCUGCCCUGCCGGCCGUUCAUCGGCGCCACCGCGCCGCCGACGCCGAUGUGCUGCGACCCGCUCCGGCAGAUGAUGAAGAACGAGGUGGAAUGCCUUUGCGUCUUCUUCAACAACGCCGAGAUAAUGAAAUCCCUAAACGUAACCAAGGAUCAGGCCCUCCAGCUCCCGGAGGCCUGCGGCGAAGAGGCCAACCUCAGCCUCUGCAAGACCGCCAACAACGGUAAUAUCUCCUUCCUUUCUCUCUCUCUCUCUCCCUCUCUCUGGCUAUAUAUCUACAAAUAUAUAUAUAUAUAUAUAUAUAUAUUGCGAAGUCAUAUGAAUUAA